AUGCUCGUGGAGAAGCAGAUCGUCACAGUCUCGUCCAUAGGCUCACUGCUGGCAAUUGCAGCAUGUCUCGCAGUGAUUCCAUCCCUGUACAGCGAGAUCAACGAAAUCCACGAUCUGGUGCUCGACGCGGUGGCAGUGUUCCGCACCGAGACCGACUCCGCAUGGAUCGAGAUGAUGGACGUGCAAGUGCGCGUAACGCCACCAUCACGACCUCGAAAGAAUCCCUUCGACUCCAUCUUCCGACAGAAGAGGCAAGGAUUGCCAGCAUGGUGCCAUUGUGUACCAGAACCCGUCACUUGUUUACCAGGACCACCUGGUCCUCCGGGACAACCAGGACAACCAGGAAAUCCUGGCCCACCAGGCCCACCUGGUAGAGACGACACGACCGUUUACGCCCCGAUUCACUGUCCGGCUCCACCUCGAGCCUGCAUCAGGUGUCCGCCUGGACCAAUAGGGCCUCCUGGACCAGACGGUCCUCCAGGCCAUCCUGGACAAGAUGGACGGCCAGGCACCCCGGGACAGCGCGGAAAUGAUGGCAAACCAGGAUCUACGGGGCCUCCUGGAGAUCCAGGACAAGAUGGUCACCCUGGAAUGGAUGGGCGACCUGGGCCACCUGGUCAAGACGGCCGAAAGGGAACUGGUGCGCCGGGAAUGCCCGGAAUGCCUGGUAUGCGCGGAGAACCUGGAAAAGCUGGCGCUCGUGGAAACGAUGGCACUCCUGGGCAGGGUGGACCACGUGGACCACCCGGCCAGUCGGGGAUGCCGGGACAAAGAGGAAACGAUGGUCAUCCGGGAGCUCCCGGACAGCGUGGACGCCCUGGCAAGGACGCCACUUACUGUCCUUGCCCUCGUCGAAGCGUUGCUGUCGAUGUGGCUGCCAAGAAGAAGAAGAAGAAGAUCUAG